AUGCUUUCAACUAAGAAACGUCACCUUGAGCAUUCAGUGAAACUGUCAUAUGAGAUCCAUUCAUGUUCCUCAUACACAGCACCUUAUCACCCACGUAACAUUAUGGAAGAUAAGCCUUCUGAACAGUCUUCUCGUUGGUCAAGCAAAAGCAACGAUCAAAUGCAAUAUGUACUUAUUAAACCUGAAUCGAUGGCUAUUGUUCCAGUUAUUUUAUGUCAAUUCCUAAACCAUUUUAUUGUAGAUAGCAUUACAUUUGGAAAAUAUCAUAAAGAGCACGUAUGUAAUUUGAAGCAAUUCAAAGUUUAUGGAGGGUUAACGCCAAACAACAUGAUUGAAUUACUUCAUAGUGGAUUACGAAAUAACUCUCGACCAGAAAUUUUUCGGUUGAAGCAUAGAACAAAUCAAGUUGUAUGUCGGACAUAUCAAUUACUGCCAUGCCAAUAUAUUAAAAUAGUUCCAUUGGCUGCUUAUGGUUCGGAAUUCAAUUUUAGCAUAUGGUAUAUUGAACUGAAAGGAGUUCAGAGUCCAGAAAUUGUUCAACAGGCUUAUUUUGACUAUAUUAAGUUCCGCGAAAAUGAAGCGAUACGUCUUUGCCUAAAGCAUUUUCGCCAGCGAAACUAUUUGGAUGCUUUUAAUACAUUACAGUCAAAAACUAAGAUGUUGCUUGAAGAUCCAUUUAUUACUGAACUGUAUGUGCAAAUAGUUUUAAAUGGUGAUUUUCAAAUGGCUGAAGAUACCAUGGUAAAUGCUGCCAAAAAAGGGCUUUUUGAGGAGUAUAUUCGUAAUUGCCCGUAUGAUCAUUUUUGGAAAAAAAUUGAGGCUACAGAUGCUUAUGGCGUUUCUCCAUGCACACGAGGUGGGCAUCAAAUGUGUAUUGACGUUGAGGCUGGUCAAAUUUAUUUAUUAGGAGGUUGGGAUGGUAAUAAUAAUUUAGCUGAUUUUUGGAGUUAUGAUAUAAAAAAAAAAAAAUGGAAUCUCAUUAGCAAUAAUACCAGAGAACAAGGAGGGCCUAGUCCAAGAUCGAAUCACAAGAUUUGCUUCGAUCAUACCAUGAAACAGAUAUAUGUUUUUGGCCGGUUUAUUGGUCGUGGCGCUCGUGCUAAUGCGAAUUUUAAUUCAGAUUUUUAUAGUUAUGAUAUAAUAAAUGACCGAUGGGUCAAACUAUGCGACAACACUGCGCUUGUUGGUGGUCCUUCGUUAAUUUAUGACCAUCAAAUGUGUAUUGACUCGGAGGCUCAAAUUAUUUAUGUGUUUGGCGGACGCACAGUACAUCCCGAUACGGAACCUUUUACUUAUAGUGGCUUGUAUAGUUAUAAUGUAAGAUCUAAAGAAUGGAAGUUAAUCAGCGAAGAGUCAAAUACUGGCUAUGUUCCACUUAAAUCACGCAUUGGACAUUCAAUGUUAUUGGAUCAGAAUGAGAAAUUGCUAUUCAUAAUAGGAGGAGAUCGAGAUAACACAUUUUUGAAUGACUUUUUAAUCUAUGAUAUUAAUACUGGCUUAGUUCACGAGUUAAUUGCCGAUUAUGCAACACAUGAGGAUCAUGAUUCUGUUUUCACGCAACGUACAACUUUUGAUGUGGAUACGCAAGAAUUGUAUGUUCUUUGCGGUUUGAAAGAUAAGAAAGACAAAAGAUCUCAAGCUAUCAAAAACUCCUUUUGGGUGUAUGAUAUGCGAUUAGACAAGUGGACUAAGAUAUAUCAAAGUGAAAUCUGUAGUGCUCAAUAUUGGGAAAGCAAUGAAACAACUGAGCCGCGGCCGAGAUACGCGCAUCAGAUGGUGUAUGACAACAUUCACAAAGUCCAAUAUAUAUUUGGUGGGAGAGCUGUUGAAACAGAAGUACUUAAACAACAGAGAUUGGAUGAUUUUUGGGAAUUACAUUUAAUCAGAGUCGGAAGAUUUACUACGGCGUAUUCAAUUCCAGAUAAGGAAACAAAAGUAACAAAUAUUCCUUCAUUUGAAAGCCUUAAAGCACUUAAAUACCUUCAAGUUCAACUUGGUCAAGUCGUAAAUCAUUCGAUAGAGGCUGAAAGCGCUGAAUUCCGCGAUUUGACUUCGUACCUAUUUCACAAAAUUGGAGAUAAAACGCCCGGUUCUUUUAAUUCGCGUACAGAAUUAUUUGAGAAGCUUCUAGAAUUUUUUCCAAAUACAAUGAAACAGCCGAAAGAUAAUUUAAUUGAUUUAGUGAAAGUCGAGUAA